AUGGAAGCAGCGCGGGAACCCCCAUGGGCAGAGCACGAAAAGGUCUAUCUGCUCGCUGAGGUGUUGAAGGCGGCCCCAAUUCCUUCUCACGUUCUCUUUAAUAUCAUACGCGACAAUAACAUCCAGCCACGAUGGAACGACAUGGCACUGCCUCCCGGACGCUCAAUGCACUCGAGCCAAAGAGCCUUCGAUGCCCUAGCUGCCAUGUACACCGGAUCAGACUAUAGGCGCCCUCCACUCCCCGUGCCUAUGGUUUAUCCUGGCCCCGAAGCAACCAAGAAGCGACCGCACCCUCAAGAGACAACCACACCAAUCGGUAGACUGCUCCAGCCUCGUCCGCCGCAUCCGUAUCCUGAGUACAUGCCCGCGGUUCCCGCCUAUGCGUCAGCUAUGAAUCCAGCAGGCGAGCCAGCAAACAAGAAAAAAAGAGGGAGACCAACCAAAGCAGAAGCACAGCAGAGAGCAGAGGCGGCGGCGGCGCGUGGAGAAAUCUAUCCGCCUCCUCGAAGAGGUCGAGUAUCCAUCACAGGCCCGUCGACAGAGUCUUCGCCCCAAGGUCCCGAAUCGCGAUCGCACGAACAGCGCACCCCUCCACCUUCUGCACCUACACAACCGAGCUCCACCAUGACGCCUCAACAACAAGUCGGCCCAGAACAGGAAUCAGAAUCGUCUUCAGGCAAAAGAAGGCGUAGCAGACCACAACCAUUAGAAUUGGAGAAGCAUCGUGCUCUCAGCGACAUGGAGUCUCCGCUUGCAUACGGUUCAAGCUCAGGAGACCCCACUCGCAAUCAAACGUAUUCAACAUAUACGCCUAUAUCCGCGCCGUUACCUUCCUCGACCGAUUCGAGGGACAGGGACGUACGCAUGGAAGGAGUCGAAGAGACUCAGCCACGAACCACGACACCUCAUUCGUUUAAAGACACGGUCGGCAUAUGA